UGUGCGUCGCUGCAGCGAUGGCUUUGCCAAAUGGCCAUUCUUUAGUUAUUCAUCACCAUCCAUCUCACCAUGGCUAUGGGCAUGGACAUGGUGGUCACGGAGUCAGCACAAGACAUGAUGUCAGACACCAUGGUUACGCUCACCCUCAUGGACUUAAAUAUGGCCACGGCAUCGGUUAUGGACAUGGACACCACGGAUACGGAUUGGAUCAUGGUUUGGGUCAUGCUCAUGGAUAUGGACUAUCACAUGGAUAUGGACAUGAUUUAGGAUUAGCUCAUGGAUACGGCCUAGGUCAUGGAUUAGGUUUGGGUCACGGACAUGGAUAUGGAUAUCAUUAAAGGAUUUGUGGUAAACAGAAGCAAGAUUUUUAACGAAAGAGCCAAACAAACAUCAUUUUUUUUAUUGCUUUCAUUGUAAAUAUAGUAAAGAAAAUAAAUAAAUUAUUUUUUGUAUGGCA